GGCAAAUCUACUGUUGCUAAUAUGUUGCUUAAAGACGAUCUUUAUGGAAAGAAAUCACCCAUGACCGAGGACACUAUAGUUAAAUUAUCUUCCAAUUUAGCAUAUGGCCGCAAUAAAAAUUUUAAAGUAUUCAUUAUAGCUGAAUUAGGGAUUUUUGAACGUAAGAAGGCCAUCCAAAAUAUUAGAGAUUAUUUUUCUAAAAAUCAGAAGGGCAGAUUUAUUGAUGAUGAUAGUAAAAAGUUUAAUGAAUUUAAAGAUAUGUUUAAUGAUGGUGAUAGUAAUAUUAUUAUCAUAAUUACCCAUUGUAAGCAAAAAUGGGUUAAUGAAAACUUAAAAACAAUAAGAGAUUAUUUUGGAGAUUAUCCUGUGAUUGGAGUCGAUUUUCCUUCUGAAGAUGAAGAUGAAGGUGGUAGCAAUAAUACUUAUAAACAACGACAGAAGGAACAAAGAGUACAAAGUUUAAACUAUUUAUUAGGACGUCUUUCAGCCCUAAAUUAUAAAGGUAUUCAGAAAAUGGUCUUUCUUGCUGCUGUAAGUAAAAAUGAAGAAGCAAAAGAUGACGGUGUCAAUUUAAGAAAUUUCUGUUCAAUGAUUUCUCGUGCAAACAAGAUAAAUGUGUAUAGAAUCCAUGUAUUGGUUAUCCCAGAACAACGUUUAAUUGGACCUUAG